AAGAAAGAGAAAUAGGACUUGACAUUGGGCGUAAUAAAAUAGAGUAUGGUUAAAGAAAAGGGCUUGAUAAUAAAGAAAACUCAUUAAUUAUUUUCAAGUCCUAUCGUUCUGUCUGUUUGCUAGUUGUUGGUCAAAAUGGCCACAAGCCCCGGAAUAGCGCAAACACUCAACCAACCCAACAGAAAUAUAGAAGUUCUCAUAAUCUUCGACCAGCGAAGCGCCAACGACCCGCAGUCUUCGUCUCCUUUCCCACUCCACCAUCCCGUUUCUAUUUCUCUCUCUUUCUCUCUUUCUUGGAUUAGCCGACAAAUUUCAGAGAACCAAAGAACAUCCACACUUCAAAAAAAUUUUAAGUAGGACUAUUAAUUUAUUUAUUUUUAAAUUAAAAAAGGAAAUCUCAAAAAAAAAGGAAAAAGUUAAGAAUAUCAAAAGAAGAAACUCUCACUAAAGUGUCUGCUCCGUUGCAACAUUCUCUUUCUUUCUUUCUCUCUCUCUCUCUAUUUCUCAAUCACUCUCUUUACUUCGAUUCCUCUCUGUAGAAGCUAGAAAGCUGGGCCUUGUUUGGCUUUUCGACUGUAAUGUGAAACCCUAGCUAAGCAGGUUUAGUUAGAGUUUUUAUUUUUUUGGAUUUUAGUUCGACUGGAUCCGGACAAAAGAUAAGGCUGCGUUUAGCAGAAUGGGGAAUUGUUGUAGAUCUCCAGCGGCCGUUGCCAGAGAAGACGUGAAAUCGAACUUUUCUGGCCACGAUCACUCCCGUAAAGAUUCCGUUUCCAAACAGAAGCCGCCGAUCACCGUACUCACUGGAGUACCUAAGGAGAACAUCGAAGAGAAAUACCUCGUGGAUCGCGAGCUCGGCCGAGGUGAGUUCGGAGUUACUUAUCUUUGCAUCGACAGCGGCACGCGCGAGUUGCUCGCGUGCAAGUCAAUCUCGAAGAGGAAACUGAGAACCGCCGUGGAUAUCGAAGAUGUGAGACGAGAAGUUGCGAUUAUGAAGCACUUACCGAAGAGUUCGAGUAUCGUGAGCUUGAAAGAAGCGUACGAGGAUGACAAUGCGGUUCAUUUGGUGAUGGAGCUUUGCGAAGGUGGUGAACUUUUUGAUAGGAUCGUCGCCAGGGGACAUUACACGGAGAGAGCCGCCGCAGCAGUGACGAGGACGAUUGUGGAAGUAGUUCAGCUUUGCCAUAAGCAUGGAGUGAUUCAUAGAGAUUUGAAGCCUGAGAAUUUUUUGUUCGCUAAUAAGAAAGAGAAUUCGCCUUUGAAAGCUAUCGAUUUUGGGUUAUCAAUAUUUUUCAAGCAAGGUGAAAGGUUCUCUGAGAUUGUUGGAAGUCCAUAUUAUAUGGCUCCUGAGGUGCUCAAACGGAAUUAUGGGCCAGAAAUAGAUAUAUGGAGUGCUGGAGUCAUUCUCUAUAUUUUGUUGUGUGGGGUUCCUCCUUUUUGGGCUGAGUCCGAACAAGGUGUUGCACAGGCAAUUCUUCGUGGAUUAAUUGAUUUCAAACGUGACCCCUGGCCAAAUAUUUCAGAGAGUGCUAAGAGUCUAGUCCGACAAAUGUUGGAACCAGACCCAAAACUUCGACUCACUGCAAAGCAAGUGCUUGAGCAUCCUUGGCUUCAAAAUGCUAGAAAAGCUCCCAAUGUUCCUCUUGGCGAUGUUGUUAAGUCAAGGCUUAAACAAUUUUCAAUGAUGAACAGAUUCAAAAGAAAAGCCCUGCGGGUUAUUGCUGAGUUCUUAUCCGUUGAAGAAGUUGAAGACAUCAAAGAAAUGUUCAAGAAAAUGGACACUGACAAUGAUGGAAUUGUUUCAAUUGAAGAGCUGAAAGCUGGAUUUAGAAAUACUGGUUCACAGCUUGCAGAGUCUGAAGUGCAGAUGCUUAUUGAAGCUGUUGAUGCUAACGGGAAAGGAACAUUGGACUAUGGGGAAUUUCUUGCUGUUUCUCUCCAUCUUCAAAGAAUGGCCAAUGAUGAGCAUCUUCAAAAGGCCUUUUCCUAUUUUGACAAAGAUAGCAGUGGUUUCAUUGAGCCUGAUGAGCUUCGGGAUGCAUUAAUGGAGGAUGGAGCAGAUGAUUGCACUAAUGUCGCAAAUGACAUCUUCCAUGAAGUGGACACAGACAAGGAUGGGCGCAUUAGCUAUGAUGAAUUUGCAGCAAUGAUGAAAACUGGUACAGAUUGGAGAAAGGCAUCUCGACAUUACUCAAGAGGAAGAUUCAACAGCCUAAGUAUAAAGCUGAUGAAGGAUGGUUCUCUGAAUUUGGGGAGUGAGUAGAACCAUACCAUUGCUUCGUUUAGUUCAUCCUUGCAAGAAAAGUACUGGAUCAUUCCUUGUAUAUCUUAGACUUUGCUUUCUCUUGCGAUUAUUUGCGGAGGAGGACUCUGCAUUAAAUGGGGUCCUUUCGGCUGGUGGUUUACAAGGAUUGUGGUGGGCCGAGUACAUCUUGUUUGUCUCUGCUAAUGUUAAUUGUGGAAAACACCUUGUGGCCAUAGGCAUGUAUUAUUCUCUUUUACCACUACCAACCUUUCGAUUGUUGUUUCUUGUUGACAUUAUAGGAAUGAAUUUUGUAGUGCUUAAUGUAUUCUUGUCCCAAGAAAUGUUGUUGUCUCUUGCUUUUUGGAAUCCAAAUGGCUUUCAAUCAGCAUGCUUGGACAUGUCUGGCACAUAGUAGGGACAAUUUAGCACAUGCCUUGGGAGGCUCUUAUUUAUAUUAUCGUUGUACCAUGUCCAUUGCUACAUAAGCAUCAUUUAGUAACAACGGGGCUAGAGUUUACAAAUUUCUGUAUGAGCUUUGAUGCUUUUUCUGGCCAUAUCUCUGCGGUCCAUGAUCAGCUAGUGAAUUGUGUAGCAUAAGCUUCGGCAUGGACUGUUUAGGACUCCACCGGGCUAGAGGCUUCUAAAGUCAGAGACAGAGGCAAAUCUUGUGUGGUGUUGGGCCCCAUCUGAUCUGUUAUAAUUCUGAGCUAGUGUAAUUGAUUUAGUUCAAGUUAAUAUAAUAUUAA